GUGCCGCUCAACCUGAACUACAUCGCCUCCGUGCUGCCCAACAGCUUCUACGACAAGCACAAGUUCGCCGCCAUCACGAUCCGCAUCGACAACCCCACCUGCACGGUGCUGCUCUUCAGCUCCGGGAAGCUGGUCCUGACCGGCUCCCAGAGCUGGUACAAGUGCCUGCACGCCUCGCUCAAGAUCGUCGAGAUGCUCCGCGCCUACAUCAUCGGGGUGGACUUCCACGUCGAGGACAUCGUCGUCCAGAACAUCGUCGGCAACGCCAUCAUCGACCUCCAGGGAAAUCGCACCUUGAAUCUGGAAAGAAUGUACAACGAGCAGUGCUCCAAGUGCACCUUCCAGAAGUCCCUCUUCCCGGGCCUCAUCUUCCGCCCGGACAACUCCCCCGUCGUCCUCCUCUGCUUCGAGAGCGGCAAGGUCGUCAUCACGGGGGGUAAGUGCGUCGAGGACAUCGAGAUCGGGUGGAGGAGGCUGUGGCCGGUGGUG